GAACAACAACUUUAUUAACACUUCCCUCUAGGCAGAGAAUGGGUGAGCAGGCGGUAGAGGGGGCUUGUUCGGCUCGUGGCCCUCUGUGAACUGAGUCUGAUCAGCGGAGAAUCGCCGUAGUCUGACCACAGGGUUUCAAGACAAGAAUAAAGGCGACGGCAACUCAGGCGACUGGUGGAGACGUUCGACGAGAAAGCAAGGCCUUUAUGCCGGGAGUCGGCGUGGGGUUGGACGGUUUGGGGAGCGGAGCUGGAGAUCGGAAACUACAGCUCCCAGUAGGCGUAGCGGCAAAGUCCCGGAUGUGGUGGCCGUGAAGCCUGAUGGGACCGGUAGUUUUGCCAACGAUUUAACCUAGCGGUUUGAGAGAUUGGACCUUCUGAGGCCUGAGGCGCUCGGAGCCGGAGAGAGAUGGAGCUGGAGCAGAGAGAGGGGACCAUGGCAGCCGUGGGCUUUGAAGAGUUCUCGGCGCCGCCAGGCUCAGAGUUGGCGCUGCCUCCGCUAUUCGGUGGUCACAUCCUGGAGAGCGAGCUUGAAACAGAAGUGGAGUUUGUGUCUGGGGGUCUGGGCGGCUCCGGGCUCCGGGAGCGAGAUGAAGAGGAAGAGGCAGCGCGGGGCCGCCGGCGCCGCCAGCGGGAACUAAAUCGCAGGAAGUAUCAGGCACUAGGUCGGCGCUGCCGGGAGAUCGAGCAGGUGAAUGAGCGGGUCCUGAACAGGCUCCAUCAGGUACAGAGGAUAACUCGGCGACUCCAGCAGGAGCGGAGGUUCCUCAUGAGAGUGCUGGAUUCCUACGGCGACGACUACCGCGCCAGCCAGUUCACCAUCGUGCUGGAGGACGAGGGCAGCCAGGGCACGGACGCCCCCACCCCGGGCAAUGCCGAGAACGAGCCCCCAGAGAAAGAGGGGCUGUCCCCGCCUAGAAGGACGCCCGCUCCUCCAGAACCCGGCAGCCCGGCCCCCUGCGAGGGACCCAGUGGACGGAAGAGGCGGCGAGCGCCCCGGGACGGACGCCGAGUGGGAGCUGCACUGACCCCAGAACUGGCCCCGGUGCAGAUUAAGGUGGAGGAAGACUUUGGCUUUGAAGCAGACGAGGCCCUAGACUCAAGCUGGGUUUCUCGGGGGCCAGACAAACUGCUGCCCUACCCCACCCUGGCCAGCCCGCCCUUUGACUGACCCUGCCCCCCAAUAAAAUGACCCCCUACACUU